AAUUGGUCCCUGGGGCAGCUGUCCCAGUUGCCCCGGAUAGUUAUGCCGCUGAAGAAAAGCACCACAUAUUGCAGUAAUUGUGAUAAAUGCUCCAGAAAUGGCUCACGGUCAUCUUGAGCGUGACUUGAGGAUACAGCGGCUAAGCCAGCCUCGAAGGAGUUCUGUCGAGGCUUGGUAAAUGAAAGAGAAAUGAAGAAUAACACAAAGCACGGAAACUGGAACCCAGAGGGUUACCAGUCACAAGACUACCAAGCAGCUUCUUCAGCAAAAACAGUGUUCUUAGCUUUGAACCAAGAAGCCAACUUGAGAUGAGAGACUAGAGCCUCUGGUUGGUGGCCUGAAACUCCCCAACUAAUGGUAAUAGCUGGAGCUGAUUGAAAAUCUGCUCAUGGAAGGAUUUUCUACAGGAAAAUACUGUAGAAAGAUUCCUAAAAGGAUGGCCUCCCUCAUGGAGAUAAAGGAAAUCUUCUGCAAUGCAGAUGCAGUGUGCUUUGAUGUGGAUAGUACAGUCAUCAAAGAAGAAGGCAUUGAUGAACUGGCAAAGUUCUGUGGAGUUGGGGAUGCUGUGGCAGAAAUGACCCGCAGAGCAAUGGGAGGUUCUGUGACAUUCAAAGCAGCUUUAACGGCACGACUAGGACUUAUACGCCCUUCUUGGGAACAAGUACAAAAAUUAAUAUCGGAUCAUCCACCCCAUCUAACACCAGGAAUAAGGGAGCUGGUAAGCAGGCUUCAUCAGCGAGGUGUCCAGGUUUUCUUAAUAUCCGGAGGGUUCCAGAGCAUUGUCGAGCAUGUUGCUUCGCAGUUAAACAUUCCAACAGCAAAUGUGUUUGCCAAUAGGCUGAAGUUUUACUUUAAUGGAGAAUAUGCAGGGUUUGAUGAGACACAACCAACAGCUGAAUCGGGUGGGAAAGGAAAGGUUAUUGCUCAUCUGAAGGAACAGUUUAACUUUAAGAAUGUAGUUAUGAUUGGAGACGGAGCGACAGAUAUGGAAGCGUGUCCCCCUGCUGACUGUUUCAUUGGAUUUGGAGGAAAUGUAAUCAGGAAACAAGUAAAGGAGAAAGCCAAGUGGUACAUUACUCACUUUGAUGAACUGCUUAAAGAACUGGAAGAGCGAUAAGUUAUGCAGUAAACUAGUAUAUUUUAUUAACAGUAUUGUAGAUUGAUAUAAACUAUACAAUUAAACAUAUUUUUGUUUGCAAAA